UAUAGUCGGCCGCGCAGUAACUAACCGAGUCUCGGGACCAAGGCCAUCCGGUCACUUCCCGGCCCCUACCCUGGCUCCCCUGGUCCCCCUUACUUUGCCCCUGUACGCCUCACCUCCCUGGCGGCGGGUCGCGGAGUGGCCCUCGAGGCCCCGCGAAGGCUCUCUCCCGCCCCCAGCCGCUCUCUGUCGAGGAAACCCGGCUUGCUCGAGAGGCUUCCCCUUCGUCAGGCCCACAGCCAACCGCCUUCCACACCGUGGUGUUCCGUGCAUUCUUGGGCCUCCUCGACGUGGCUUGUCGCGACGGGUCCGUGUGCGGAGGGUACCCCGCGUAGCCUCCCUCCCCCCGAGCGAAGGCGAGACGAGAAGAAGUCGGAGAAGAGGAAUGAGAAGGCAAAGAUCGCGGGUGGACGGCGACCAGCGGGAGAAGAUGAAGAAGAAGAAGCAGAAGAAGAAGAAGAAGAAACGAGCAGGGCAGACGGGCAGGCAGGCGGCGGGAGAAAAAGAGAAAGAAAGAAAGAGGGAGAGUGCGCCGCUGGUGAUGCCGGGUGGUAGUGCGACGGUGAAGGCGGUUGCGGAGGGAAGAUUUGAACCGAACUUUUAUGGCGCCCCGGCGUGGGCGAGCUUUGCCUCUUUUUCUUCUUCUCCGUCGGUUUCUCUCGCACGCGUAGCUGCGAGAAAGAUCUCCGAUACUUUUCUCGAGACCUCAACCCGAAGGUCUAGUAGUGACACUGUUCGGGUGGAGGAUUUCGGUGGCCAUGCAGGGAAGUUUCCGAGCGGCGUGGGCGGCUCAGUAGGCUGUACAUGAGAACGACGACGUAAAGCUUCGUCGUCGUCGUCGUAGUUAUCGUCUACGGACGAGCGGCGAGAGAUCCGUUGAACUUGAACAGUUUUGCCGAAUUUACUCUCACGAAUCAGCGCGCAGCCGAUUAAUUACGACAAUAGACGGAAGAUGAUAGAGAUUCGUUAAAUCCGUGCAUGGCAGAGAAAGUUUGAUUGAAUUAAUCAAAUUUCUGAUGGAAUAUAAACGAACCAGAAGUUCCGGUUGAAGUUAUCGGAAUUCUACAGGAGUCCAUUCGCGGAUGUCAGUGCGAAAAUAAACUUAUACUGUGAGAAGAUAAUAAUAUAAUUUGCACUAACAUCCGCGAGUAGAUCUUAUAAACUUUACUUCUCUCAUUCUAAUUGUACACUAGCAGAGUCUGUUUAUAUAUACCUUAUUACCAGAAUUCUGUUCAGGUUCAGGUUAACAAGAUCCCUGGUUAACUUGAGCGGAAUUUUAGUAGUUUUAACCGGAAUUUUUUGUUCACAUUUCACCGGAAAUUUUGUUAAUCUAACCAACAAAUUUUAUUCAUGAUGUGUUAAUAAUCUACACUGGCAAGUAUAUUUUGUUUCGCUCUAACUUGUUGGGACUUGUUGCCAGUUCGGGAAGUUCUUCGAAAAAGAACAGACCUCAAGUUAAUAAGAAAUUUUGUUAACUUGAACAAAAUUCUGGUAACUUCAGCCGGAAUUUUCUGAUUCAUUCAUAUUUUACCAGGAAUUGACUAAUCUAACUAAACUUUUUUUCCGGGUCUCUUUUUUUCUUUACUGCUAUUUUCUUGGAAGAAUUUCGAAAAAUACUUAAUAUAAUACAAAAAUAUCUAAUUUUUAUUUGUUAUAAGCUAAAAAAGAAAUAAUAUAAUACAGUUCAAGUAAGCUAGAAAAAAUUUGGUAUUUUGCCAUGAAACUUUUUCCUGAGCAUACCACUU